GCAAGAAAACAAAUACUAGAAGUGAGAGGGAGCGCGGAAUAAGGAUUAAUUUCACUGUAUCCAUCAAAAAAUGGGGCAGCAUACAUGCUGCAACCAGCAAAAGGUUAAGAGAGGGCUUUGGUCUCCUGAAGAAGAUGAAAAGCUGAUCACAUACAUUACCACUCAUAGCUAUGGCUGUUGGAGUGAAGUCCCUGACAAAGCUGGGGUACAAAGGUGUGGGAAGAGCUGUCGGUUGAGGUGGAUCAACUAUUUGAGGCCUGAUAUAAGAAGGGGAAGAUUUACUCCAGAUGAAGAAAAGUUGAUUAUCGAUCUUCAUGCAGCUGUGGGAAACAGAUGGGCUCAUAUAGCAAGUCACUUACCUGGAAGGACAGAUAAUGAGAUAAAAAAUUAUUGGAAUUCUUGGAUAAAAAAGAAGUUAAAAAAGCCUUCUCCACAUUCAACAAAGACAACUACUUCCUGUGAUAAGAACCAGUCCCAAUUUGCUUAUAACAUAACAAAUCAGCAGCACCAAAUCUUCAGUAGUCAAGAUUUUGGAACAAAGCCCCAAGUCCUACAAGAAUCCCUAUGUUAUUCACCAAAUUCAUUCGUUUUCGACACUACUAGUACCAGCUCGUUGUUCCAAGACACAUUGUCUUUGUACUCCGAAUUCGGGCAAACUCAUGAACAACAAAACCAUGAAGCUCAAACGAAUUCAAAUUAUUUGCCUCCAUUGAUAGAGAGCAUGGAUCCACAAAUGGGAAUACCUUCAGCUUGUCGUACUAACAACAUGUUAGACGUGUCAGGGCAGAUGGGAAGAAAUCAACUAAAUGAAUGGGGCGUGGAAACGCAACAAUUUUAUCCAAGCUAUAUAAUUUGGGAUCAAGAAACAAGCCCGCUUAUUGGGGACGACCUUUUAGCUCCAACCACAUCAAACAUUGAAGAACUAUUAUCUUCUUUUCCUUCCUAAUCUUGUGGAACUGUUAAUUCUUUUUUUAUUUUUAAAUUCCUGGUUUAAUUUUAUUCGGGGAACGUUGUUAUUCAAUUGUGAGAUGGUGAAGUGAGAGGUCUUUCAACUUGCCAAAGCUUGUUACUUAAAAGUGGUUGACGUAUACUCAGAAAUUCAAGAAAGGAAAGGGAAUAAGAAACCAAGUUUC